AUGCCUUUGCUUGAGGCCUUGGCAGCUAUACGAGAAGUUGUUGUUUCCAAGGUCAUCGACUUUCUCCUUGACAAGUUGGCCUUGUCCGACUUCCUGCAAUUCCCUACUGAAAAAGAGGUUCAAGAGAUGAUCGAGAAGUUGAAGGAGGAGCUGAAGGCGAUCCGUGCGGUGCUUGAUGAUGCUGAAGAGAGACAGUUGAAAGAGCAGUCUGUGAAAAUCUGGUUGACCAACCUUCAAAACUUGGCGUACGAUGUGGAGGAUGUUUUGGACGAGUUUGAAACCGAUAUUUGUAAGUUCAAUUUCAUGAUGGAACGUCGAGGCAGUUCAAGUAAGAGACCCAAACUCAUCCCUGAUUCAUUCAAUGUUUUUAUGUUUCAUAGAGAUAUGAUGUCCAAGAUAAAAGAUCUGACAACCAAACUGAAAGAGUUGGAACCUCAAAAACACCAGCUACAGUUUAAAGUGAUUGGUUCCGAAAGACCCAAAAGAUUAGAUGAAAGGCUGCAUCCUACUUCUAUGGAGAUUGAAUGCCAUGUGUAUGGCAGAGACAAAGACAAACAAACAGUGCUUGAUUUGCUCUUGAAGAGUGAUAAUGAAGGAAAUUUUGUGAUUCCCAUUGUUGGGAUGGGUGGAAUUGGUAAGACAACCCUUGCCCAGCUUGUUUACAAUGAUGCUUCCAUUCGAAAACAUUUUGACCUCAAAGCAUGGGUUUGUGUCUCGGAUGAUUUUGAUGUUAGGAGGAUAACAAAAGAAAUCUUGCCGUCAAUUACGUCCAAACCAUGUAAUGAUGAUCUAAAUACGCUUCAGGAAAAGUUAAAGAGGGAGUUGGAGGAGAAAAAAUUCUUGAUUGUUUUGGAUGAUGUAUGGAAUGAGAAUUAUCAUAACUGGACCAUUUUACAAUCUCCAUUUUUAACAAAGACGAAAGGAAGCAAAGUUAUUGUGACAACAAGAAAUCAUGGUGUUUCAUCAACAAUGGGUGCUUUCCAUGCUCAUUCUUUAGAGGUUUGUCAGAUGAUGCUUGCUUGUCUAUAUUUGCUCAACAUGCAUUGGGAGCAAGGGACUUUGGAGGACAUCCAAACCUAA